AGUUCGAGGAAAGAGCAGCGAACUACUCCACUUUUAUGUACGCUAUGCAAAUCUAAUACUCCAGAUGCUCCACAAAAAAGAGCCAUGGUUAAAAUACCGUCAACUCUUGCUCCAUCAUGCAAGGAAUGUUUUUAUUUUCAUUUGGAAAAAAACGUACACAACACUAUUGUCCAAAAUGCUCUAUUCAAACCUGGUGACCGAGUAGCCAUUGCAGCAUCAGGUGGAAAAGACUCGACGGUUCUUGCACAUGUACUUUGUAUAUUGAAUAAGCGAUACAAUUACGGUCUGGAUUUAUGUUUGCUUUCCAUUGACGAAGGAAUCACUGGAUACAGAGACGACUCGCUAGAAACUGUUAAAAGAAAUGAGCAGCAGUAUGGGAUUCCGCUCAAGAUUCUAUCAUAUCAAGAUCUUUAUGGAUGGACAAUGGAUGCAAUUGUCAAGCAGAUUGGAUUGAAAAAUAAUUGCACAUUUUGUGGAGUGUUUCGGCGACAAGCUCUAGAUCGCGGAGCUGCCUUGUUGAAAGUUGAUCAUGUUGUCACAGGCCACAAUGCAGAUGAUAUAGCCGAGACAGUUUUGAUGAACUUUCUCAGAGGUGAUUUGGCAAGAUUGCAGCGAUGCACGUCGAUCAAAACAGCUACAAAUGAAGUGAUUCCUCGAUCCAAGCCAUUCAAAUACACAUAUGAAAAGGAAAUUGUCAUGUAUGCUUAUUUUAAAAAACUGGACUAUUUUUCGACAGAAUGCAUCUACUCUCCCAAUGCGUAUCGAGGAUAUGCACGAGCUUUUCUUAAAGACUUGGAGUCAAUCCGAUCGAGUGUUAUUUUAGAUAUUAUUCAUUCGGGAGAGUCGUAUCAGCUGAAGCAGCAACCAAAAAUCAAUGUUGUCGCGAAUGGUGUCAUUGCUGUACGCAACUGUAAUCGCUGUGGAUAUAUGUCAAGCAACACACUUUGCAAAGCAUGUGUUUUGCUGGAAGGUCUCAAUCGCGGGCUUCCAAAGCUUGGUAUUGGAAACACGGAUAAAAUUCGACGAAUGCAUGAUAACAAGACGACUAUGGAAGAUGCUGUCAAGAAUGCCACUAGCAUCUGAUUACAAUCGAUAGAUAUUAGUCAUGCUUAUCACCAUCGUACUUGCGUGAAACGAACCACUAAAGUGUCAAACUACACAGUAAACAAUCUUUACAAAUCUAUUAAAUAUUGUCUUUCAAACUCUU